AUGGCCACUGUCACCCUCGAUAAGAGAAGCUGCGAUGGGAAGGCUAAUCAACCCUUCUCUGCAAAUAGAGCUCAAUUCCAUGCUGGCGGACUCGAUUUUGCUACCCCUCUUGAUAUUCCAACAGUCACGAUCCCCAAAUCCGAUCAUGACAAUCUGCUAAGCUCUGCUCGUCAAUAUGCCAACCUACGACGCAAUCUCUAUCGAGGCGGAAUUGCCGAAGAAACUCUGGCGAUCUUGAUCAAAGAUGAUUCCCCUGCAAAUGAAAAUGGCAACAAACCUACCACGAUGGACGAAUCAGUGGAGAACAGAUCGUUCUUUGCUCAACAAUCCACGGCUAUGAACUCGAAGCCUGAAACUCAAGACUACACAUUCGGACGAAAUGCCAACUAUACCCCUCGAAGUGACUUCCGGCCUCGAGAGCGCAACUCGAAUGGCUUCCAUACACAUUCGCAGACCAAUGAUGAUUUUGCUUUCAUGCCAGAUGGACCGGAUGGAUUCUAUGAUGACGGUAGUGGGCACAACGAUUCUCAACAGCGUCAACAGCGCCAGCAGUACGACAAGUUUGCUAAGAGAACUGUGCUUCUUGCAAAUCUUCCGGAAUCUACAACUCAUUUGGAUCUCGUAGAGGCAAUCAAAGGUGGUAUGUUGCUUGAUUUAUAUCUGCGAAGUCAUGACCGGACUGCAAGCGUCUCCUUCUUGGAAGAGACUGCUGCACAAGAGUUCUUCUCUCAUGUCAAGCGUCAUGAUCUCUACAUCAAAGGCAAGAGGGUCGAGAUUCGAUGGAAUGACAGGCAAUUCAUUCUCCCAGGACAUGUCGCCAAUAAAGUCUCAAUUGGAGCUACCCGAAACCUCGUCAUCUACAAUUGCAGUCCAAAGCAUACCGAAGACAAGAUCCGUGAAGAUUUAGAGCAUAUCCACAAUCUUGUGGUCAUCAAAGUCUCAUUCGCCGGUCAGAAUGUCUACAUCUCCACCAACUCGGUCCACAAUGCCAUGUUUGCUCGAACUUGCAUGAUGAGUCGGUCAAUCUACAAGGGCUCCAAGAUUGAAUGGGACAACGAUGAGUGUGCUGCACCUCUUGAACGACCAUUGCAGAGCCGAAAAGAGAAUAUCCCACAAAAGAAGAAGGCUGCUCCGCUGAUGAAUCGUUUCCAUCUCCUAAACAUGGACGAUGACGAUAAUGAUUCUCUCGAUGAGGACGACGACGAGAACGACAUCAGCGGUGUCACUUUGCCCUCUGCUCUCAAAGCAUCUCCCACUAGUAUCGCCGCUUGA